GCCCUCCCCCAGGGUUGUGGCCACGCGCAGCGGCGGUGGUUGUUCCGCUUCCCCUCUGGCCUGGGCCGUCGCCAUUGCCGAAGGCUCCCUGCCCUCCCCUCCCGGCGCCCGCGGGGCUCGGCUGCCGCCUGGCCUAGCAGUAGCAGCGGCUGCGCUCCAGCGCGGCCCCUCUUCCCGCCCCGCUUCCCCUUCCCUCCCCUCCCCGCCCCGCGUCGCGCGCUUGCUCUGGGCGGCUCCGGAGCCCGCCGGGAGCUCGGCCGGAGGCUCCUCGCUGGGGCGGGGACCUGUCUUCGCCUAGGGCUGUAUCAUAAUUCUGAAUCAUGUCUGAUAACGGAGAACUGGAAGACAAGCCUCCGGCGCCCCCAGUGCGAAUGAGCAGUACUAUUUUUAGCACUGGAGGCAAAGACCCUUUAUCAGCCAAUCACAGUUUGAAACCUUUGCCUUCCGUUCCAGAGGAAAAAAAGCCCAGGAAUAAAAUCAUCUCUAUAUUUUCAAGCACAGAGAAAGGAAGUAAGAAGAAAGAGAAGGAAAGGCCAGAAAUUUCUCCUCCGUCUGAUUUUGAGCAUACCAUCCAUGUUGGCUUUGAUGCUGUUACUGGAGAAUUCACUGGCAUGCCAGAACAGUGGGCUCGAUUACUGCAGACCUCCAAUAUCACCAAACUAGAGCAAAAGAAGAAUCCUCAGGCAGUGCUGGAUGUCUUGAAGUUCUAUGACUCUAAUACAGUGAAGCAGAAAUAUCUGAGCUUUACUCCUCCUGAGAAAGAUGGCUUCCCUUCUGGAACACCAGCACUGAAUACCAAGGGAUCGGAAACAUCAGCAGUAGUAACAGAGGAAGAUGACGAUGAUGAAGAGGCUCUUCCUCCUGUUAUUGCUCCACGACCAGAUCAUACGAAAUCAAUUUAUACACGAUCUGUAAUUGAUCCUAUUCCUGCACCAGUUGGUGAUUCUAAUGUUGAUGGUGGUGCCAAGACUUCAGACAAACAGAAAAAGAAGGCCAAAAUGACAGAUGAAGAGAUUAUGGAGAAAUUAAGAACUAUUGUAAGCAUAGGUGACCCUAAGAAAAAAUACACAAGAUAUGAAAAAAUUGGGCAAGGGGCUUCUGGCACAGUUUUCACUGCUACAGAUGUGGCAUUGGGACAAGAGGUUGCUAUUAAGCAGAUUAAUUUACAGAAACAGCCAAAGAAGGAAUUGAUCAUUAAUGAGAUUCUGGUGAUGAAAGAAUUAAAGAAUCCCAACAUAGUUAAUUUCUUGGACAGUUACCUGGUAGGAGAUGAAUUGUUUGUGGUCAUGGAGUACCUGGCCGGAGGAUCCCUUACUGAUGUUGUCACAGAGACAUGCAUGGAUGAAGCCCAGAUAGCUGCUGUGUGCAGAGAGUGUUUACAGGCAUUGGAGUUUUUACAUGCUAAUCAAGUGAUCCACAGAGACAUCAAAAGUGACAAUGUGCUUUUGGGCAUGGAAGGAUCUGUUAAACUUACUGACUUUGGUUUCUGUGCCCAGAUCACCCCUGAGCAGAGUAAGCGGAGUACCAUGGUUGGAACGCCAUACUGGAUGGCACCAGAGGUGGUUACACGGAAAGCUUAUGGCCCCAAAGUAGACAUCUGGUCUCUGGGUAUCAUGGCUAUUGAGAUGGUAGAAGGAGAGCCUCCAUACCUCAAUGAAAAUCCUUUGAGGGCCUUGUACCUGAUAGCAACUAAUGGAACCCCAGAACUUCAGAAUCCAGAGAAGCUUUCCCCAAUAUUUCGGGAUUUCUUAAAUCGAUGUUUGGAAAUGGAUGUGGAGAAAAGGGGUUCAGCCAGAGAAUUGUUACAGCAUCCCUUCCUGAAACUGGCCAAGCCAUUAUCCAGCUUGACACCACUGAUUAUGGCAGCUAAAGAAGCAAUGAAGAGUAACCGUUAACAUCAUUGCCAUGGCCUCAUAUUCUUUUUUCCAUUUUCUAAAAGAAGUCUUUUAAUAUAUGAAAAUUAUUAUUCUUUUGGGGUUUAAAGAAAUGGUCUGCAUAACCUGGAGAAAAAAAAAAUAAACUACUACUUCCUGAAGACAACCAAGAAAAAAUUGCAAAACAGAAUGACAACUUUAGGGUCCAAAAGGAAUUGUGGACUGAAUCACUAGCCUUACGUCUUUGUGCAGAAAGCCCGUCAGGGCCAUUUAUCAUGCUUGAGAUUUGCAUUUUAUUUUUCUGAUAUCAUUAUAAUAGAUCCCAUUCAUUGUCCCUUUUGGGGUGUUUUCAAUACUUGAAUGGCAGAUUUGAGUUUUUCAGAGUAUUUGUUUUAUCUGCUAGUCUUCUUUUCUCUCUUCUUCAUAGCUUUCUUUUUCCUUGACUUUCUCCUUUUGAAUUGCUUUAAGAAGUGUUUCUUAUGCCUAAAUUGGAGGCAAGUGUGAUGGAAAUUAUGUAGCUCCUCAUAUUGGCAAAGGAACUCCGUAUGGUUUAACUUUGUAUAGAAGUUAGAACCAGCUAUAGUUACAUGUAAUAUUUCAGUUUAGAAUUUGAGGUGAAGGGAAGAAAAGUAUGUGAUUUUUACCUUUUUUUUUAGCAAAUGUGAAAGAGUCAGUUUUAGAAAUUUCAUGGUAGUGAGUUGUUUGGCAUUUGUUACAUGUAUAGAGAGAAGACUAAUAAUCUAUAUUUAUAACUAAAUCAUUGAAACAAAAAAAAAGAAUCCCAUUGACUAUACAUUCUUAGAGGGUUUUUUUUUUUUUUCUUUCCCGUGUCCUCAGACUCUGCUUUAGGACUUUGUGCCACUACUUUCCUCUUCCCUCUUUUUUUCCCCCCUUCAUUUUGGAAAUAAGUUUCUGUAUAUGUUGUAAGUUUAGCUAGUUUGUUUGUUUUUUAAUUAACCCUCUCUCACCCUACUCCUCCCUCUCCCUUCCCAUGGCAAAUAAUAUAAUAACCAUUGAAUUUUAAAAUUUAAAACUUAACUAUUUUUUUCCAUUUAAAGGUGAAAAAUAUUUGGAGUUAACAGAGACAAAGUGAGAGACUUGAACCUUGGUGAGCUCUAAAAUAAUUAGAUAAGAUUAUAUUCAUGGAAGAGAAAUAUUAGUUACUUAGAGAUGCAGCUUCUGACCAGUAAACUGGAGAGAUUUGUGAUAAACAUUGUUCCCAACCCAUUAUCAGCAUUCUACUGUCUGUGAGAACUUAAGUGACAAAGUGCUUCUUAGUAAAUUCAUGGGUCAUUUGAGAUGUUGAGUUACUUUUGAUUUUUUUCAAAUAAGUAAAUAAUAUUCAUGUAAAAAACUGGAGAAAGAAGGAAUAAUGAAAUGUGCUUGUUAAUAACAAUACUGUUUUUAUUUUAAAGAUUUAAAAAAGGUCUGUGACCUGUAGCAUUAAUUAUUAGAGUGCCCACUCUUCUCCCUUCCUCUCCUGUCCUCUUCUCUGGUCAUUUCAAUUGUUUGACUUUUGAAGGCAGUAUUUCCCUUCUGACAUGGCAAGAGCCAUGUAAAAGAGAAAAAUCUUUGGUUUGGUUCUGGCUUUUUAUUCCCACCAUUCUCUCAUAAUUGACUUCACACCUACUUGCCAUCCUGCAAUAGUAUGAAUUGUGAAUAAAAAUAAUUUUGAUGUUUUGAAGUGCAUUAGGAGAACUAAUAGAGUUUUAUUUCCUAUCAUUCCCACCAUAUUUGUGUUAAGAUAUAGGUAUAAGGAUAGAAAUGGCUGGUGGUUGUUUUUUUUUUUUAAAUUGGUAAUGCAAUGUUGGAAGGUUACACAAAAACAGUGAAAUAAUUCAUGGAAUUUGUAUCUAAAGCACUUAAUGGUCUCUGUUUUCAGUUUGAUUGUUGAUUUUAUUUUUCUCUGGAUUAUAUUGGCCUUUUGCAGCUAUUACUAAAUUACAGAAAAAGCUGGUUUAUCUGGUGGAAAGCUACAGUGUCUCUUGAGUUCCAGAUUUGGACAUUCUUUGUAAAUAGUUGUCUGGAUGGAUUAUAAUAAAGAAGAUGCUACCAGUGAAAUAGAAAACCAACUAAAUGACACAAGACUGUGAUCCUCAUGACCACUCUAGAAGGCACUUGUAUACAUAAAUCAUAAAGACCAUAUUAAUUGGAUGCAGUGCCAGUGCCCCAUUUUUUUGCCUGUGACUCAACAAAGAUCUUUUCAGUUUAUAAAAGCAGUUUGGGUUUGUAUUUACAACUUCUCUAAUGGUUACCUGCAUGUCCAUUGCUGGCAACGGACUUUAUCAUUAAAACCUGACUCCUAGGUUAAGGGAGCUACACUGUGGUUUAUUCUUUACUUACUUGGAUAAACUAACUUGUAAUAGAAAUAUACUUUGGUUAAUUCUGAACUGUGUCAUUUUUGAAUAAUCUUAAUCCUAAAAGCAAUACAGAAUUGUGAUUUAUUAAUUUUAAAUUAAAAUGUUCACAUCUUGUUGCAAGAAAAAUUAUAUCUGAAUCAAGAUUCAUGGUUUUUUCUUAAUAACUGCCUUUUGUAUUUACCCUUUUUGUCAUUACUUUAGAAUGAAAAUUCUCAUUUAAAUCUAAAAAUUAUCUUAGUAGUCUUCUUUGUUGUUAAGACAAUAUUACUAUAGUAUUUAUUAUAUUUCAGACUCUCUGGCAGUCUAAAAGUUUCUUUUUCCUCCUGUUCCUUUUGCUGCUUUUAGGGACAGUUAAAUCUGGGAAACCAUGAAAAUAUUGAAUAUUUUAUCCUACCUAGAAUAGUAAAAAAAACAAGUAGACUGAUUGUGCUAGCAUCAGAAACUAAGGCUAACACAACUGUCUUUUAUGUGUUGAGUGCCUGGCACGUAAUAUAAAUUCUCUUUCCCUCAAUAUAUAAAUAUUAAGCUGCUUAAGAUGUAUCUAGUUACCACAGUCCUAAAUGACCCUGUGCCUUUAAUGAGCAAUUUAAAACUACCUAUGAGUAUUUCUUUGUAGGGCUCACAUAAAUGCAUAUUUGUUUAUAUAUACUGUAUUCUAGUUUGGAGUAAUUCUAGAUCUGAUCAGACAGUGGCUCUAAUUAGAACAAAAUGGGUGCUUAAAAAUUUUGCAUUAGUUUUUUAGUCUAAAAAUUUUAAAACAUACUGAGAUUCAUAUCAAGUGAAAUGUCUAAAAUCAUUAUAGAAUAUAGCUGAAGUCCUCAACUUCUUUGAGGUUUUUUAUAGUGAAAUUCAUAGUAAUAUAAAAAGCUGAUUGUCUUCCUUGUCUCAACUGCUCCCACAAUAGAGAAACAGUUAAAAUCAGUUUUUCCCCACAGGUAUAUGAAUAUGUGUAAGAAAGGGAAAAAGAAAAUACACACACAGAUUUUAUUUCUCACUAACACAUUUAUUGACCACACUGACAAAGACGCCGUGGUAAAUAUUGUGAGGAUUACAAAGGAGAACUGAGCACCGGCCUGGCCUUGAGAGAACUGAAGUCUUUCUCACUCACAAUUCUAGAAUGUUGCCAAAUGGAGAGAAAAAAUGUAUGAUAAUUUUGUCAAGCAUACUUUCAUUCUGUGUUAAGCAGAGAAUUAACUUUGAAACUGAACAUCUUUGGUAGGAAUGUCUUGUGGGUGUUUUUUUUUUUUUUUUUUUUUUUUUUUUGGUAGCUAGAAAUGGAAUUAAGUGAAAGUAACUUGUUUUCUGUUUUGUCUUCAAAUUUUAUAUUGACUUAUUUUUAAUUUAAUCCCAUUCAAUUAUUUAAUUGUUACAUUGACAUUAACUGCUGUAUUUGAUGACCUUGUUCAAUAAUUUUGUUCUUUCAGGGCUAGAAAUAAACUUUUUAACGUUCAUUUUCCCUUUCAUAAACUUUAAUUCUUUCUUAAGAUUAGAGUAGCUUAAAAGAAUAUAUGUAAUAGGUUUUCAAAGAACAUUCUAGUAUUUUUAAGGAUGACUAUUUUUUAAACGUGUCACAGCACUAUGAUUGUAUUACAGAGCUCCAAAUUUGAAAGAUUUUCGGAAAUCAUUGAGUAAUAAGCAUGAGCCUCCCCUCUUCUAAAUCAGGUUCAGAAUAAAUUUAUUCAAAAUGAAACGUGCAGUGUUCUAAGGCAUCACUUCAUUAUACACAUUUAAUUUGAAUGUUGGAUAUCCUAACAUGGAGAACAGAUGCAUUAUAGAGUUCAGGAUGAAAAAACAAAAUUGUAUGUAAAAAAGUAUGAGGAUGUAGGCAAUGACUGCUUAAAAUAUAUUUGUUACAUUAUAAAACUUCUUAGUGCUAUUCUGACAUCUGUAUUUCUUUAACUAUGGCAAAUGCUCAAAACGUUUGUCUAAGAAAAGUUUAAAAAUGCCUGGGCGAUUGAUUUGAUUGAAAAGCACUAUUUGUAGGAUGCUUUACUACUAUUUUGAAAUCUGUGACUUUUUAAAAUUAGAGAAUUAUUUUUUAUGCAAAUCAUUUUUAAAUAAGCUUUAUCUUUUGAAGAGGAGGAAGAGGAGUAGAAUAAUGAAGGGAAAGGUCUUUUUUAAGCCUCAUUUUUUUUUUUAGGUUUUUAGCAAAAUAAUAUGCAUAGAUAAUCUUUAAGGAGAGUCAUCAUAAACAGUGCCAGUCCUCAGCUGUUAGCUUCCUCACUGCAGAAUCCUGCUCCACAGAGGCAUCUGCUUUUAACUUUUAACUGGUUUUAGCAUGCAUUAAUUUUCAGAUUUCUAAAUUAUAUACUUAUACUGGUAUUUUUUGAUAUUUCUUCUAGAAGCUUCCUACUAUUACAGUUGAGAAUUUGAUUACCAUGCCAUUUUCCCAUUUUUACUCCCUAUACUCUCCCAAUUAAGAAGGGUGGCAAAAUUUGAUUAGUGGUCAGUUUUUAACCCAAUACUAUGUGGGAGUGUUGAUCAUUUGAGUAAUUUAUCAUCACCAUAUGUCAUUUCUUGUUCAGCUUUUUGCUUUUCUUAUUGUCAAUCUUGUCUUUCGUUUCCUUUGAAAGUUUCUAUGUUCCCAUCACUAAGUUUUUCCAGACUCAUCGCAAAAGCCCUCUAAAGGCUGUUUUCUAUGCAAUUAAAUGUCUCGGAUAAGGACUGUUCCUUUUUCUGAUUAGGGCUUCAGUUUGGUCUCUUGCUUUCCAGGCCUUCUGCCCUCUGGCAUCUGAGACUGUUUCACUUUUCGACUGAAUUUAGAAUUUUUGUUUCCUCUUGCUUGGUUUAUUCUUCAUUUUGGAGAAGUACAUCUUUCAUUAGUGUCCUGAGGAAGAGUGCAUAUGGGUUAAGAUUUUUAAGACCUUGCAUGCAAGUCUGAAAAUGUCUCAGAUUUAAUCGAUAAUAUAGGAUUUUAGGUUGGAAAUCAUCUUCCUAGAGAAUUUUGAAGUCCCUACUUUAUCUGUAAAACCUGCCAUUUCUGAUAACAUCUUUUUAUAUAACUCAUUUUCUGCCUCUUUGGAGUUUUUGUUCUGAAAAUUUACCUUGAAACCUUGGAGAGGGUCUGUAUGUUUAGCUUUUGGCGGGCCUUGUUGAUAAAGACUAAUUUUCUUCAGUUCUGGUGAAUUCUUAUAUUAUUUCUUUAAUAAUUGCCACAUUUUCUCUGUGUUAUUUCCUUCUGGCAUUCCAGCAUUAAUCUCCUGUUUUUCUUAUCUUUCUCUCCUGCUUUCUAUCCCUUUGCCUUCUGUUUUUAACUUUCUGGGAGAAUUUCCUUGAUUUUAUCUCUGACCCUUUUUUGAACAUAUAUCACCUGUUGCUUCUUGUUUUAAUUUUUUUCUCACCCACACUGUGCUGCUUGUGAGAUUUUUUUUAGUUCUCCAACGAGGGCUGAUCCUGGCCAUGGCAAUGAAAGCACCAAGUUCUAACCACUAGAGGGCCAGGGAGCUCCCUCCUGUUUUUAAUUUCCAAAAGGUCAUUUUUCCUUUCUGAUCUUUUUAUAGGUUUCUGAUCUUGUUUCAUAAAUCCAGUAUCCACCCCCGGUGUAUUAAAGAGUUUUUCCUUACCUCAGAUUGCCAUAACAAAAUAUCAUAUACUGAGUGGCUUCAACAGCAGAAAUUUAUUUCUCACAGUCCCAUAGGCUUCAAAGUUGAAGAUCAAGAUGCUGGCAAAGUAAGUUUCAUUGUGAGACUUUUUGCCCUGUAGGUGGCCAUCAUUUUGCUGUGUGCUCCCUGAACCCCAUUCUGUGUAUAUACACUUGGAAAGAGUAUAUACUCUUCUUAUAAGAACACUAAUCUCAUCAUAAAAUCUCACCCUCAUGACCUCAUCUAACUUUAGUGACCUCCCAAAGACCUCCAUCUCCAAAUUUCAAUACAGUAUGGGCUAGGGCUUCAGUAUAUGAAUUCAGGGUCAGACACAAAUAUUCAAGCCAAAAUAGGUCUUUUUUUUUAGAGGUUUUUUUUUUUCUUUCUUUCUUUUUUAAUUAUCUCUGGAAUUGUUUACUCUUAAAUAUAACACUAUCUGGAACUACACUAAACAUUUCACAUUGAUUUUUCUUAAUUCUCAGUGGGACUCUUGGUGCUGCCCACUACUCAUUCAUUUCACUCCUAGGUCUUUUUUUUUUUUCCCUUUCUCUUUUUUUCUCCAAACUGUCUAUCACCUGACUCCCAACCCUUUUAUCUCACCAUCUCAACACUUAACUUCUCCCUUACAGCCAAAAUUCUGUGGGUUUUUGUCUUUGUCUUCCUUUUGGUCUCAGUGAAAGAUGUUUUCCCUCUUGGCGACCAGCCUCACCAGGGACCCAUUGUCAGUAUUCUGCCACCUCCUAGGUCUCCAAGCCACUUUGAUCCUAACUCUGCUGUGCCUUUUACCUGUCCUUCUGUUCUGUCUAACCCUCAGCAAAAAAAUGCAUGCUGGAAAGAGGAGACCAGACUUGUUGUUUCUCUUCAUUAUCAUUUUGCAGCUACCAUCAGCAUGUCUUUGAAACUACCCUUACCAGUGUCUCAGAAUCACUGAAUUUGCAAUAUUCUCAAAACAUCAAAAAGAUGACUUUCCUCGACAGGUAACUAAUGUGCUUGCUGGUGUAUUUGAGGAUUUCCAUGAUUCCGCUCAUUAUCAGUCUUCCUUUGUACAAAGUAGAGGACUUUCAUUCAUCGAUUUUUAAAAAUGUUGUGACUAGAUACUUAUUUGAGGCUAAGGUUCAGAAUGUGAUGUAGGUGUAGCUUUGGUAAGCUUUUAAUCAGUAGGAUUAUGUUUUCAGCACUGAAUAUAAAAUAUGCAAACAACUCUUGGUAAAUUUAGUAUUUGUGAAGGAAGAGUGAUGAGGAUAAAAAGAGCAAAUUCUUAAAAAUUUCUUCAGAACUUAAUUUUGCAGUGUACAUUUGAGUAAUAGAUUUGCCUUGCUGAUAAUUUUUAGCUCUGAAAUGUGUUUCUGUUCUUGAGCAUAUUAACAUGGGCACCUAGAGGAGAAAGACUUAGCUAGGAAUGUGCAGAGUGAUAGAGGAAAGCCAGCUCAGCCUUAAAAAUGGCAUAAAUUCUUAGUCAGAAAUUAAGAGUUGAUGAGUACCUCUUUUUUUUUAAAGAGAUUUAUAUAGCCUGUCACAGUGAUUAUAACAUUUUAACCUAUGCAUCUUAGUUUUUGGUUAGAGGAAAAGACUAAAAAGAUUGUCUAUAGAAAACAGAAUAUGUUCAGUAUAUAUUGAUAGCCUUUGUAUAAAUUUGUAACCCAAGUUGAUUAUUUUGAAAGGAACAGCACUCAUGUGGAUGUAUAAUUUCUGGUAUACUUGUUUAAAAAAGAUCUCAUUAUUUUUUAUCCACAGAUCCCAGUGUAUGUUCUGUAACAGGUGAAAAAAUUUACCCUUGUGCUGCCCACCCCCCUUUUUUUAACAAUCAAAAUGGAGUAACAGUACCAGAUACAUUCUUGUCUUUCAUUUUUCGAUCUGUAGAUACAUAGUGUUGCUAUGAAUGCAUUGCCCCAAAAAAUGUUUCUCUCAAUUUUUUAACUACUUUACCCUGACUUCUAUAUUUAAAAACAGAAGUGCACCAUUUUCAAAAAACUAUAUUUGAUCUGGGCCAUAAGAUUAAAGACUAUCUAACAGUACAAUCUGAUUCUGAUUAAUAUAUUGUCUUUAAAAUCUUUAAGGAGUUUUGUGGUUGAAGCCAGAAGACAUCUUAAUCACAUUCAGUAUUCCUUAUUCUUUAGGAUACUAUAAAUUUUGCUGCUAGUAACUUUGUUGAAGAGCUUUGUUUUUCAAUAAACUCUAAAAAAAAAACUUUAACCAUUUGACUUUUUACUAUAGACAUUGCUACAGUUUUCAUUACACUCUUCUUGAUGAUAUGAAAAGUAUGUAAAUGUUUUACCUUUUCUUUUGUUCAUGUGUAGAUCUUUUGGGGUAUGUUCGAAAACCAAGACAUCGUUGAAAAAUAAAUUUAGGCCAUGGGCUGUUGGGUGCUACAUGGAUCAGCCAAUUUCAUAUAACUUGUGUUGUCAGCCAAUCAAAUAUUAAUACUUUCCACUUCCUUUCGUAUAUGCUUAUUUUACUACUGAUAUUCCCCACUGUGUGUCCUGUUUCAAUAUUUAUUUUAACGACAAAGCACAGGUGACCCUGGUCUUGACACAAAUUUAAGUACUUGAGUAUUUCUUGCUGCACAUUUCUUCGUCCAUCACUAAGCACUGUAAAACAGAGCUUUAUUAAAGCUUUUUUUAAACUUG